CCCUAACACUUCGCGAACCUCGUUUCUGCUGUCCGAAUAUCAACACUUCUGCGACCCCAACGACGACCGCAUAUCGCACGGGGACAUGGCUGAUGACGUGGUAAAAGACACAUGGCUCCCAUCUUUGCAUCCGGCGACAUUGCCGCCUUGAUCUCCGCCUUUCCGCCUCCGACUCCAAUCGAAACUCAGCCGUCUCUCGUCCGAAGCCUGUCCGGCAACACACUCCUCAACUCGCAAAAGGUUCUCGCUCGCUUUCAGGCACUGUUCAGGACAGAAGUAAACCGGAUUAGACUGCGUGACCUUCCUUCACGACUUGGCGUCAAAGAUACCCGCUGGAUUCUCGAUUGCUACGACGGUGAAGUGUACUUCAGUUCCGACAAAACUUCGCUUGUCUCAUUCCAGGAGUUCGAAACAAUAUGCAACGAUCUCGUGAAACGAUCACAGGGCGCGUUCGUGGAUUUGUAUUCGUUCACCAGGGAGCGUGACGUUAGCUAUGAGUCUCUUGAGGAUCGUGUUCGGACUGGAUCUCUCCGGUCAUAUUCAGAUCCAUCGCAUCCACACUCGGUCUUGGUUGCGGGAGUCGAGCACGUGCAAGGCGUACGGCAUGAGCUCACGCGCUUAAUGGGAGAUCAAGGGUCGACAGAGAAGGUGCGACUGAGCGACCGAUUACCGGAUAUCCCUCAUUUCAUCCUCCGCGUCUUGACCGACGAAGUGCGGACUAACGGUGCCGCGGUGGACGGCCAUAUCGAGGAGAACGACCAAGGGCUCGAGUUUGUACCAGCUAAUUUUCUCUCGGCCCUUCAAAAGAAGCUCCAGGACGAUUACAAUCUGGCUGUGCAGCAAAGUGUUCAGUCACUGAUAGUGGACGGGUACUGCAUACUUCACAACGACACUGGACACCCGAACGCCAAAAUGGGAGAAGACAUACGCGCCACCUUCGAGUUGCAAAGUCCUUCUUCUGAGCACACUUUCAAGCAACUCGAGGCGGAUGAUGGGUCGAGUUUGAUAGCCACAUCGUUGCUACUCAAGAGCGUUGACGACGAAUGGAAAGCCAUACUUCGAUCAUCCGUCGAAGCCGGCUUUGUGGACAGUAAACCCGAUCCCGCUAUGCAUGCCGAGCUCACGAAGAGAGCGUCAAAACCAAAUCUCACAGCUUUACUGCUGAAGACCACACACCGCCAGAGACUCGACGGCAUCUUCGAUUCGGCAGUCCACGAUGCGGAGUCUGUGAAAUCCCUUGCCUUCGCACGACUACUCGAAGCCCUCGUUUUGGUACCACUUGUGCUCUACGUCGCAGGUCUUGUGGAAGACGCCACAUUGAGGCAGCACCAGGAAGAAUUCGUCGGCGAGUACUUUCGCCGCGAUGUCAUUUCUCAAGUUUUCGCCCGUGUUCGGGACGAAAAGCUCGUCUUGCCCGCACAAAGAAAUCGACUCAAGGAGAUCGAAAAGCUGCAGCAGACAUGCAGUCGCACAAAGACACUAACAGAACUGCACACGGCGGUGGACAAGUUCCGCAAGAAAUGUGAGAUCCCUCCGCCUGACACCGACUCAAUCAAGCAAGUGCAGAAAGCGACUCUGCGCGAGCGGAUCCAAGCCAUGCAGAAAAUGCAACGUGGCUCGGACGUGCUGCAGAAUCUUCUCUGGAUUCUUCUUGCGCAGGCCUCGCCAUCAGAUGCAUUGUUCAUGAGUGCCGGCAAGGAUACCAGCAGGAUGAUCAAACAAUACCAACUCGUCGCUCGUGAUGGUGUGGGGAUCGGCGGGAAGCUCGAGGGAUGGCGGAACAUGCUGAAGGCGGGGAAGGAGAGUCGAGAGGAAGUGCAGGAGAUGAGGGAGCUGGCUAUGAGAGCCGUUGAGGACAUGUUUGGGGUUGGGGUACCUUGACAGUACUGAAAGUGUAUGAGGACGUCUAGCCCGCCGUAUGCAUAGAAGACUUCAAUAUACCCAGAGAAUAUUAGCAAGACACUUGAUUCAUUCCGCGAUUCAUCCGAAAGCAUCGCGUGAGGAAGAAGAGUCGAGUCGAGUCGUGACUCGGGUAGUUUCCAGUUUUCGUUGGUUCAAAGUGUCAUAUACAAUUUGAUAGCCGCUCUUCUCCGAAUUCCCCCCGGAAUCAGGUCGAUUGGUCUAGUGGUAAGCCGAGUCCACACAACCCUAGCAA